AUGUCUCACGAAACUGAUACAAAAACUCUCAUUUGUCUAUUUUAUUCAGGUGGCAAACAUAAAGAAAAGCCCUACAGUGACCCUAAGAAGAGUUCAAAAAGAAGACAUGCUGGCACCACAGUGAACCUUGUUCUUCUGGGAAUGUCUGGGACUGGAAAGAGUGCCAGUGGGAACACCAUCCUUGGACAGAAACUCUUUGUUUCUAGACCCAGUUCAAUGCCGGUCACUAAAAAGUGCCAGAUGGAAGAAACUGAGAAAGAAGGUGUACACUUAUGUGUGAUUGAUACUCCUGACAUCUUUGAUGAUGGCAUGAAAUCAUCAGUUAGGGACAAACAUGUAAAAAGGUGCAAACAGCUCUAUGAGUCAGGACCCUUUGUGUUUGUACUUGUGAUGCAUGUGAGCAGAUUUACAGAUGGUGAGAGAGACAUCAUGGAAAAGUUAGAAAAAGCUUUUGGGAGGGAAGUUAGAGGACAAACAAUUAUCCUGUUCACCCGAGGAGACGACCUACAACAGGCAGGACUGGGGUUGGAGGAUUUCUUACAUUCUUGCCAACCUGAUCUGAAGAAAAUACUUGAAAAGUGUGGCAACAGGUGUGUUCUCUUUGAGAACCACAGAUCAGAUUCAGCUCAAGUGGAAAAGCUAAUGGACAACGUGAUCAGGGUGACAGAAGAAAAGCAAAAAUGAUGACUUCAUUUAUCAGAUCAGAGC